CGGCGGCGCACUCAAGGCAAGAAUUGGGAGAAGGAGGAGACAGCAAGGAUAGGCCCAGGAGCAAUGGCGUCCAAAGAGGAACAAGCAGUAAAGAAUCUCAACAUGGAAAAUACCGACCAGGAAAAUGAAAAAAAGGAUGAAAAGGAGAAAAUUGCUAAUAAAGGAGAGCCCUUGGCCCUCCCUUUGGACACUGGUGAAUAUUGUAUGCCUAGAGUAAAUCGUAGGUGGUUCUGUGUUAGGCAGCCCAACCAGCAGUAUAGACGGGACAUGAUUCAGAGGCUUGGAGAGCCACAGGGAAGGAUGAGAGAAGAGAGUAUGGAAAGAAUUGGGGAGGAGAUGAGACAACUCAUGCAAAAGCUGAAGGAAAAGCAAUUCAGUCAUAGUUUGCGGGCAGUUAGCAUUGACCCCCCUCACCAUGAUCAUCGUGAUGAGUUUUGCCUUAUGCCUUGA